GACGCUCUGAGCCGUCCGAACUGCGCAGGGCCGCCGGGGGAGUCACACCUCAUGGAAUUAUGUGGUAAAUGAUCUUGGCACAGAAAAGGAUUAAAGAAUGAUGGCUUCAUUCCAGCGCUCCAACAGUCAUGACAAAGUAAGGAGAAUAGUUGCAGAGGAGGGUCGUGCAGCAAGAAACCUGAUAGCUUGGAGUGUUCCCCUGGAAAGCAAGGACGAUGAUGGAAAACCUAAAUGUCAAACUGGUGGAAAAUCUAAAAGGACGGUUCAAGGCACUCAUAAAACUACUAAACAGAACACUGCAGACUGCAAAAUAACAUCAUCUACAACUGGAGAUAAACACUUUGAUAAAAGUCCCACUAAAACAAGGCACCCUCGGAAGAUUGACCUAAGAGCUCGAUACUGGGCAUUUCUUUUUGACAAUCUUCGCCGAGCAGUAGAUGAAAUCUAUGUAACUUGUGAAUCAGAUCAGAGUGUGGUAGAAUGUAAGGAGGUGCUAAUGAUGCUGGAUAACUAUGUGAGAGAUUUUAAAGCAUUGAUUGACUGGAUCCAACUUCAAGAAAAGCUGGAGAAGACAGAUGCUCGCAGCAGACCAACAUCUUUGGCAUGGGAAGUAAAGAAGAUGUCUCCAGGACGUCAUGUGAUUCCAAGUCCAUCAACAGAUAGAAUAACUGUAACAUCAAAUGCUCGACGAAGCUUAAAUUUUGGCAGUUCACCAGGCACAGUGGCAGCUCCUCAUCUGGCUCCCACAGGUGUCAGUUGGGCUGACAAGGUGAAAGCUCAUCAUACGGGCUCUCCUGCUUCUUCAGAUGGAGUACCUGCCCAGUCUUGUCCAACGAUGAUAGUACAGAAGCCUUCACGCAAAAAUGAACGGAAAGAUGCUGAAGGAUGGGAGACUGUUCAGAGAGGAAGGCCUGUUCGUUCUAGAUCAACAGCUGUGAUACCGAAGGUUUCAUUAGCAGCUGAAGCCCUAAGGUCAAAGGAUGACAGUGAUAAAGAAAAUGUGUGUGUUUUACCUGAUAGCAGCAUACAGAAAGGUGAAUUUGUUGGAGAUGGACCUUCUAAUACUAUAGAAUCUCGUCCCAAAGACUCAUUACACUCUUGUGACCAUCCUCUUGCUGAAAGAACCCAGUUUGCAGUGAGUACAUUGGAUGAUGUCAAGAAUUCUGGCACUAGUGAUGACAAUUCUGCGCCAACUUCUGAAAUACUUGCUCUUCACAUUGAUACAGAGUGUGUUUCAAUUACUCAGCAAGCCGUCCCACCUCCUAUGCAAAGAAAUGAAGACAAAUUUCCAGUAGAGAAAGCAAGAAUAGAAAAUGAAAUGGACCCUUCAGAUAUUUCAAAUGUGAGUGCUGCUAACUUGUCCAUGGCAGAAGUCCUUGCUAAAAAGGAAGAGCUAGCAGAUCGUUUAGAAAAGGCCAAUGAAGAAGCCAUUGCCAGUGCUAUUGCUGAAGAAGAACAGUUAACUAGAGAAAUUGAAGCUGAAGAAAACAACGAUAUCAACAUUGAAACUGACAACGACAGUGAUUUCUCUGCCAGCUUGGGCAGUGGGAGUGUAUCUUUCUGUGGUAUGUCUAUGGACUGGAAUGAUGUCCUUGCAGAUUAUGAAGCUCGUGAAUCUUGGCGCCAAAAUACAUCUUGGGGGGAUAUUGUAGAAGAGGAACCUGCUAGACCUCCUGGGCAUGGAAUUCACAUGCAUGAAAAACUUUCUUCACCAUCACGGAAAAGAACAAUUGCAGAAUCUAAGAAGAAACAUGAAGAAAAACAAAUGAAAGCACAGCAGCUACGGGAAAAGUUACGUGAAGAGAAAACCUUAAAGCUUCAGAAAUUGUUGGAAAGGGAGAAAGAUGUCCGGAAGUGGAAGGAGGAAUUGCUAGAUCAACGACGCAGGAUGAUGGAAGAGAAGUUACUUCAUGCUGAAUUUAAACGAGAGGUGCAAUUACAAGCGAUUGUGAAGAAAGCACAAGAGGAAGAAGCUAAGGUAAAUGAGAUUGCUUUCAUUAAUACCCUUGAAGCUCAGAAUAAACGCCAUGAUGUUUUGUCGAAAUUGAAGGAAUAUGAGCAAAGGCUUAAUGAGCUACAGGAAGAGCGUCAGAGGAGACAGGAAGAAAAGCAGGCACGGGAUGAAGCUGUGCAGGAACGCAAGAGAGCUCUUGAGGCAGAACGGCAGGCCCGUGUAGAAGAAUUGUUGAUGAAGAGGAAAGAACAAGAAGCCCGAAUUGAACAACAGAGGCAAGAAAAGGAAAAAGCCCGUGAGGAUGCAGCUCGGGAAAGAGCCAGAGACAGGGAAGAACGAUUGGCGGCACUUACAGCUGCUCAGCAAGAAGCUAUGGAAGAACUACAGAAAAAAAUCCAGCUCAAGCAUGAUGAAAGCAUUCGAAGGCAUAUGGAACAGAUUGAACAAAGAAAAGAAAAAGCUGCUGAGUUAAGCAGUGGGCGACAUGCAAAUACUGAUUAUGCCCCGAAACUGACUCCUUAUGACAGAAAGAAGCAGUGUUCUCUCUGCAAUGUCCUGAUCUCUUCAGAGGUAUAUCUGUUUAGCCACAUUAAAGGGAAAAAACACCAGCAAGCUGUGAGAGAAAACAGUAGCAUCCAAGGGCGUGAACUUUCAGAUGAAGAAGUGGAGCAUCUUUCCUUGAAGAAGUAUAUUAUUGAUAUUUUGGUUGAAAGUACAGCUCCACCAGAGCCUUUGAAAGAUGGAGAGGAGCGACAAAAAAAUAAAAAAAAAGCCAAAAAGAUUAAAGCCCGGAUGAACUCCAGGGCUAAGGAAUAUGAGAGUUUAACAGACACCAAAAAUUCUGGCUGUGAUUCACCUUAUAAAGCAAAGCUUCAGCGAUUAGCCAAAGAUCUUCUAAAACAACUACAAGUACAAGACAGUGGCUCAUGGGCAAACAAUAAAGUUUCUGCUUUAGAUCGGACACUAGGUGAGAUCGCUAGGAUAUUGGAAAAAGAGAAUGUAGCAGAUCAGAUUGCAUUUCAAACUGCUGGUGGAUUAACAGCCCUCGAACACAUCCUUCAAGCAGUAGUUCCAGCCACAAAUGUGAACGCAGUUGCACGAAUUCCUCCUAAGUCUGUCUGCAAUGCAAUCAAUGUUUACAACCUCACCUGCAGUAACUGUUUAGAAAACUGCACUGAUGUUCUGUUUAGUAACAAGAUUACCUUCUUAAUGGACCUCCUGAUACACCAGUUGGAGGUUUAUGUUCCAGAUAAAAAUAGUGCUAUUUUGGGAAGAAAUACAAAUAAACAAGUUUUUGAAGGCUUGACAAAUGGACUUCUCAAAGUCAGUGCUGUGGUUUUUAGCUGCCUGAUUGCCAAUCGACCAGAUGGAAACAGCCGGCCAACUACACCAAAAAUAUCAACACAGGAAAUGAAAAACAAACCCUCGCAAGGUGAUGCUUUUAACAGUCGAGUUCAGGACCUUAUCAGCUACGUGGUGAACAUGGGUCUGAUUGACAAACUGUGUGCCUGCUUCCUCUCGGUGCAAGGUCCAGUGGACGAGAACCCCAAGAUGGCCACAUUUCUGCAGCAUGCCACGGGGCUCUUACAUGGAAUGUGCACCUUGUGCUUUGCUGUCACUGGAAGGUCACACGGCAUAUUUGACAGUGACCGUCAGGAUCCCACGGGGCUGACAGCUGCCCUCCAGGCCACAGACCUGGCUGGGGUCCUGCACACGCUCUACUGUGUCCUCUUCCAUGGCCCCGCCUCGGACCCCAGUGCUGCCAGCCCCAAGGAGAGCUACACCCAGAACACCGUCCAAGUGGCCAUUCAGAGUUUGCGCUUCUUCAACAGUUUUGCAGCUCUUGAUCUGCCUGCUUUUCAGUCUAUUGUAGGGGCAGAGGGCUUGUCCCUUGCAUUCCGGCACAUGGCCAGCUCCCUGCUAGGUCACUGCAGCCAAGUGUCCUGUGAAAGCCUCCUUCACGAGGUCAUCGUCUGUGUGGGCUACUUCACUGUCAACCACCCAGAUAACCAGGUGAUCGUGCAGUCCGGCCGCCACCCCACGGUGCUGCAGAAGCUCUGCCAGCUACCCUUCCAGUAUUUCAGUGACCCACGGCUGAUCAAAGUCCUGUUCCCUUCGCUUAUCGCUGCUUGUUACAACAACCGUCAGAACAAGAUCAUUCUGGAGCAAGAGAUGAGCUGUGUUUUGCUGGCCACUUUCAUUCAGGAUUUUGCACAAACUCCAGGUCAGACAGAUAACCAGUCUUCCCAGCCCAAAGGGAAAUGUUUUGGUUCCCAAGACUAUCUUGAGCUGGCUAACAGAUUUCCUCAGCAGGCCUGGGAAGAAGCUCGACAGUUUUUCUUGAAAAAAGAGAAAAAAUAAAUGUCUUGGUUGGUUCUA